GUAUACCCGACCCGGACUCGAAGCUGAACCUGGAGCUGCUCUGAACCUGCCUCGUUCACGAGACAAUUUCUACCAAAAAAAAAAAAAAGUAACGAUUUCGAGAGAUCUACACACUGAUUAGCAAAAUGUCGGCGGCUCGCUCUGCGAUCACAAAGCUAAGGUUGGCUCGAUCCUUGGGGGAGAGUCAGAUUGGAGCAUCGCGUUCGGUGGAAUCGACUCGAGGACCGGCGAUUCGUUGCUUCAGCGACGAUAAAGGUCGUGUGCUCAGUGAAGAGGAACGCGCGAAAGAGAGCAUGUACAUCCAGAAAAUGGAGAAGGAGAUACUGGAGAGGAAGAAAAAACUCGAGCAACAGAAGUCAGCUAAUGAGAAAGGAAGUGCAGACAAGAAACCUGAGGCAAGCAAACCAUGAGUUCAUCACUUGCAGUAUGCAGAAUCCGGUCAUAAGGCAAGCAGUAGUGAAAAAUAAUAACGCCUUUUGACCUUUGUCCUCUCUUGUGUACAUGUACAGAGAUCUCAACCUUGCUGAUGUGUGUUUGUUUGUGUGUUCUAAGAAAUCAAGUUUUAAAUAAUAAUUGAAGAAAACAACCAUAUGCAUUGAUUCAAAAUACCAAACAUA